AUGUCUUCAAAUUUCCAAAAAAUCGUUCUUCUCUUCUCAUUUAUUGUUCUCUCAAUGAGUGCACCACAUUACCGUCAACAACAACAGUAUUAUAAUUAUAAUGGAUAUCCGACUGCACAAAGAUCUUAUCAGCAACAACAAUAUUACUCGAAUUAUUAUCAGAAAAAUAAUAACUACUAUGGAAAUGGUUAUGUUCGUCCACAAGUUCAAAAUACUUGGAAUCCAUUAGGUGUUCAAUAUGAUGAACACGGUAAUUCAUUCAUCGGAACAAAAGAUAAUGGUAUUUUCCUUUUCUGUAAUGGAAGAGGAUGUCCAGGGCGUGGUUGA